AUGCACAUUUUUACAAUGCCAAAUUUAGGUAUGGAAACUUCAUCUAAGCAUACAACAUUUCAAAAAUAUCCCAGAAUGUCCAUUCUGAAAGAUAAUUACACAAAUACUUUUGAAAACAAUGAUUUUGUAGUACAGAAUACAUCAAGUUCUCAAAUAGAUUGGCACUCAGCCAAUGAUGACAAUGACUGUAAUAGAGAUUAUGAAAUGGACCAUUACGCAUUUGGACCGCAAUAUUUUCCUAGAUAUGAAAAUUCGUAUCCUGUUUGUCCUGAGCACAUUGAUUUGUGUUGUGAAUAUAAAAAGAAAAGAAGACCAUUUAAAAAAAAAUGUCCAACCAGUAUAUUUAACGUGCAACAAUGUUGCCAAUGUUGUCCAUUUCAUUUAAGCACACCCUUUCAAAAAUAUCCAAAAAUUUGUAUAACGAGGGAUAAUCAUACAAAUACUUUUGAAAAAAACGGUUUUGUAUUACAUAAUACCUCAAGCACUCGAAUAGAUACGUAUUUAACUCAUAAUGACAGUUGCUGUAAUACAGAAUACGAAAUGUGUUCUUAUCCAAAUUGCACUUUUGAGCCGCAAUGUUAUCCUAGAUAUCAAAAUUCGUAUCCCACAUGUACUCCACAAUUUGCUAUGUGUAUGUGUCCUGAAUAUGAAAAUAGAAGACCGGUUCAAAAAGUAUGCGCACCCAGUAUAUGUAAUGUACCAAUCAAAGAACAAGUAAAUUGCAAUGGCGAGUUCAGAAAUAAUAUGAUGGGACCUAUGAAACUCUUCAAAAAUAAGAAAAACAAGUGUCUAAGAAAUGACUCAACCAAUAAUAUGCAUGGGGAUCAAAUCAAAUCAAAUCAAUUCAAUUACUCUUGUGUGUACUGUGACUAUCCCACAUUUGUAAACAGUAAUUUACUCAACCACAUCUAUAGAAAACAUAAGGAACAAAAGAAUAAAUACAGCAAAUGCCUUUUCCUUGGAUCCGAAUCCGAAGUAAACCAACAUAUGAUCAAAGACCAUGUAUCAACCCAAAGGUUGCUAAAACAAAAUAAAGUAGCAACAGAAGUAAAAACAUACUCUUGUGUGUACUGUGACUUUAAAACAAAGACAUAUCUUUAUUUACCACUGCACAUCUAUAACAAACAUAAGGAACAAAAUGAGUUAGAAAAGAAAGUGGAGUUAAAAAUAAAAACUUACUCUUGUGCGAACUGUGACUAUACCACAUCGCAAAACCAUAGGUUGCAAAACCAUAUUAUUAGUAAGCAUAAAGAACAAAAUGAGUUCGAAAGUAAUGUCAAACAUAAAGAACAAAAUGACUUUGAAGAUAAAGUGACAUUAUUUAAAAAAACUCACUCUUGCGUGUACUGUAAUUUUAAAACAGUAAAAAACGGUAACUUGCAAAACCACAUCUAUAGGAAGCAUAAAGAACGAAAUGAGUUGGAAAAUAAAGUCGCCAUAAAAGUAAAAACUUACUCUUGUGUGUACUGUGACUUCACAACAGUUGAAAAGCAAAAGUUGCAAAACCACGUCUAUAAGAAGCAUAAACAAAAAAAUGAGUCAAAAAAUAAUGUUGAGCUAAAAGAAUAUUCUUGUGUGUACUGUGACUUUAAUACGGUUUACAACAGUCAUUUACAAUUGCACGUCUUCUCUAAACAUAAAGAACAAAAUGACUUGGAAAAUAAAGUACCCAUAAACAUAAACAUUUUUUCUUGUGUGUACUGUGACUUUACAACAUUGUAUAGAUAUGUUUUACAAGGCCACAUCUAUAGCAAACAUAAGAAACAACAUAAAUUGGAAAAUAAGGUAGCGAUAAAUUUUAAAACUUUUCCUUGUGUGUACUGUGACUACACAGGAUCUUCUAGUCAAUUAAUGCAAAGACACGUUAUUGGAAAGCAUAUAAAACAAAAUGUUGUUGAAAAAAAAGUACCGAUACUUAUAAAAACUUACUCGUGUGAUUACUGUACCUAUACUACAUAUCGUAAGGGAAUAUUUCAAAAACAUUUAUUUGAAAAACAUAAAAAACAAAAUGACAUAUUUGCAAAACAUAAGGAAAAUAAUGAGUUAAAAAAAGGUAUCAAUUAUUCUUGUUUGUACUGUGACUAUACCACAUUGGUAAACAGUAAUUUACUCAACUACAUCCGUAGAAAACAUAAGGAACAAAAUGAGUUAAAGAAUAAAGUAGGAUUAAAAACUUACUCUUGCGUUUACUGUGACUAUAACACAAAUUUUAGUUAUCCAUUACAACAAUAUGUAUAUAAGAUAGUAAAUAGUAAAAAUGUAAUGAGCUAUACCAAUAAAGUUUUUUUCCGUACAGAAUAUGGAACUACAUGCCAGUACAGCAAAUGUAUUUUCCUGGGAUCAGAAUCGGAAGUAAACCAACAUAUGAUAAAAGACCAUAUAUCAACCCAAAGGUUACAUAGUCACAUCUAUAAAAAACAAAAUAAACUAGCAACAGAAGUAAAAACUUACUGUUGUGUGUACUGUGACUUUAAAACAAAGAAAUAUCUUUAUUUACCACUGCACAUCUAUAACAAACAUAAGGAACAAAAUGAGUUAGAAAAGAAGGUGGAGUUAAAAAUAAAAACUUACUCUUGUGCGAACUGUGACUAUACCACAUUGCAAAACCAUAGGUUGCAAAACCAUUUUUAUAGUAAGCAUAGGGAACAAAAUGUGUUGGAAAGUAAUGUCAAACAUAAAGAACAAAAUGACUUUGAAGGUAAAGUGAUAUUAAUUAAAAAAACUCACUCUUGCGUGUACUGUAACUUUAAAACAGUAAAGAAAAGUAACUUGCAAAACCACAUAUAUAGGAAGCAUAAACAACAAAAUGAGUCAAAAAAUAAUGUUAACAUAAAAGAAUAUUCUUGUGUGUACUGUGACUUUAAAACGGCAAACAAUAGUAAUUUACAAUUACACGUCUUCUACAAACAUAAAGAACAAACUGACUUGGAAAAUAAAGUACCUAUAAACAUGAAUAUUUUUUCUUGUGUGUACUGUGACUUCACAACAUUGUAUAGCCAUGUUUUACAAGGCCACAUCUAUAGCAAACAUGAGAAACAACAUAAAUUGAAAAAUAACGCAGCGGUAAAUUUAAAAAUUUUUCCUUGUGUGUACUGUGACUAUACGGCAUCUUAUAGUCAAGUAAUGCAAAGACACGUUAUUGCAAAGCACAAAAAACAGAAUGAUGUUGAAAAAAAAGUACCGAUACUGAUAAAACUUUUCUCCUGUGCGUACUGUACCUAUACUACAUACCAUAAGGGAUUAUUCAAAAAACAUUUAUUUGGAAAACAUAAAAAACAAAGCGCUUUGGAUAAGACUACCCAUAUGAAUAAAGAAUUUAAAUAA